CCGAAACGAAAAACUAGAAGUCGUUCUUGAAAAUAUCUGGAAAGAAAGAAACGUUAGUAAAAGCGUUCAAAAUCUGAAACAACAAAGUUCAUAUCCUUUCGAAAUUCCUAAACUGGAAUAUCCAAAGAAACCAUACUUCCCUGAAUACUGA